CGGCCCCAAAAGAGACCAGACUCUCUAUUUCUCUCUCCUCUUUCUCUUUCUCUCUCUACAAAUUCGUCAUCGUUUCAACUUCACGGGACAGCCAUGGCGUUCGUUUCCUUCGUUGGAAGGGUUCUCUUCGUCUCCGUCUUCGUUCUCUCCGCCUGGCAAGAGUUCAAUGAAUUUGGUACUGAUGGUGGACCAGCAGCAAAGUUUCUGGAACCAAAAUUCAAAGUUUUCUCACAUCAUAUUUCGACUCAAACUGGGUUCAAAGUGCCAGAAGUUGAAUGGCGGCCGAUAAAGAAUUUAGGGGCGCCCGCCAUAGCAUUGAAGGGCCUCGGGAGCCUUCUUUUCAUCUUUGGAAGCUCAUUUGGAGCCUAUCUUCUGCUUCUGCAUCAGGCGAUUGUUUCGCCCAUAUUGUAUGACUUCUACAACUACGACGUUGAAAAGAAAGAAUUCGCUCAACUUUUCUCCAAGUUUACGCAGAACUUGGCAUUGUUUGGGGCUUUGCUCUUUUACAUUGGCAUGAAGAACUCCAUCCCAAGGCGACAGCUGAGGAAAAAAGCUCCGAAAGCAAAAACUACAUGAGAAGGAAAUGCUUGACGAUUCAGAGGGUUCAGUUUCGACCCGCACCUGAAUCUUCUUCAGGAACUACUUUUAUAUGCUUGUAUUGUUGGGAGGAAAUUGUUCUUUUUUGAGAAAUAGGAAAUUUGAUCAGGGGAAAGAGGGCUUGUUUUACUUGUUUUGAGGUGUGUUUUUGUUUUGUUUAUUUUUAUUUAUUUCUUCUUUUUCUUCAGCCACUUGUAGACAUUGAAUUGAGGUUUAGCAAGUUCCAAAUCCAUCUAAAUCUAUUUUUCUUGUGCUUUCA